CAUGUACUAAUCUUUUGACUUAAGUGAAUUAAAUAUGUAUAAAAUUCUGAGUAUAGGUUUCCAUGGGGAGUAAUCCUCAGCAUAUGCUAGCUAUAGUUUCUAAAGACAAAAGCGCAUAAAUUUCUUUUCUAGGUAAGGAUUGGUUCGAAAGUUUUAAAAUCCAGAAUUAGUGGUAUAAACCUUAGUUAAUGCUUAAUAGUGGGAAUUAAUUAGAAUUAACGUUAGACUAACAUUAUAUAAAAGCUUCUUCAUAGGCUCCUUUUAGUUCUCUAAUCGAAGUCAUAGGCUUUAACUAAUGACAUGUAUGCUUUCUAGCCAAACCUUUUUAAUAAACAAUGAGAGAAUAUUAUUAAGCAUGGUCAAAAGUUAGGGAAAGAGAAGAAAAUUUCCAGUUGACAUGUUUUUGUGUAAGCAUGAAAUAGAUUCCACCUUCCUUUGUUGCUAAAAGAUCAUAAAGUUAAAAUAGACUUAACCAAAAAAAAAUUAUUACUGUAAAUUUUAAAAACAAAGAAACUUGAAAGGAUCUAGCUUUGGAUUGUCCUUUUCAGUUGGGGACCAGAAGUGGAGUGAUGAUGCAGAGAAAGCCUACUCUGCUUUGGUUCUUGUUUCAAAGUUUCUCUUCCUCUGAUUGGUUAGAGGAAACUACGGAAGAUUGCUAUUGGCGAAUGCGAAAUUUCAUAUGGCCAGGGAGAAAAUAAGGUACAGAUUCUGCUCUAUAACUUUACUUAGCACUAAGUUACUACUCACGUUUCAUCUCAAAGCUUUUUUCGACAUUUCGUUACCAAACAACUUUUGCUUUCACAACACAUGAAGAUUUGAAAAGUUUUCCUCACUUGAAAUGGAAACUUCUUCUACUACCCGUAGCUUUUUAAAGUACUGGUUCCAUUAACUAAAUAGUUUUAAUAGACGUCACUACUGAUCUCCUCAAUUAGUAUGAGACAUGCUUAUUGUCUAUGUUCUUUAACUGGCCCUACAUUUGUUACUUCUUUGAGAACCUACGGGCUUAGGUUACUUGGAGGAUCAUCUCUAACCCGAGAGCAUUGAUUCGUGCUCUCAAAACACGUAAAAGACAGGAACAUAUGCCCAUAAGUUUUCUAUUACAGGGCAAAACAUGUUUUGAAAUCAUUCAUUACAUUUGAGGUGUAAGAUUAAUCAUAAGAAGAUAGCUCUCGGUUUUCGCAUGUUGUACUUCCGUUUUUCUUUGAAUCUGGUCACAAUGUACCAACAAGUGUUAGGAAACUGUCAACAUGGUAUUCAUAUUGAUAGAUGCUGCAAAAUCAGAAACACAAUCUCAAGGAUUCGGACAUAUACUAUUGAUUGGUAACUAAUAUGUUGCCGCUUUUGUUUGAUUAUGGACUUACUCCUUACAAAAUUUCGAAGCAUAUACACUGUAAAAACCGCGGAUACAGUUAAAAUUUGGUUUGGUAUUGGAUAAAAGAAGACAUAAAAUACAUAUAUCCUUAUUAAAUUUGUAAUUAUGUUUAAGGUUCAUGUCACUUUGCAUUACAGUUCCAAGUGUAGCUAAAGGUCCCAGGAAGGUUGUGGACUUGAGGCUCUUGCCUUUUGUGGUUUCUUUUUUUCUUCAAUUAUUGAUUUUGGAAAUUUUCUUCCAUAAGGGCAGUUUGGUACUCUCAGUCUUUUUGGUUUUCAUUUUCAUUUUCAUCUCUCUUUUGCUUAAUUCUGUGAUUAAUUUUCAAGUUCAAAUCAUUUUUUGUAACGAUGUGAUUUGUGGUGAGGAUAACCAGUUAAACUGGUGCAAGUUUUAGUCUCUUUUUAAUCCUACUUAAAUAAAAUAAUGAGUGUUUAACUUUUAACUCGAGCAUAUUCAAAGAUACUUGGGCAAUUAAAAAUCACGAUAAAUGUUAAAGCCAUUAAUAGGACGAAUAUGCGUUUAAGGGCUACAGAAAAUAUUAAAAAUGUCUUUAUUAUAUGUUUUAAGUAUCAUAUUUUGUUUUUUCAUCUAAGUUGUUCUCUAAAGAUAUGUUAAUUAUUUGUUAAAUAGAGGACAACUAAAGCUUAUAAUUAUAUUAUUCCGACCCUAUUGGUUUACAUAAUACAAAAUGAUAUGAACUUAUGGAUAUACAGGAUAAUAUCCGUUAGACCAAAUACAAAGGAGUAAUGGCUUAGCAGAUGAACUAGCAUAAGCUGGAUGGUAUCAACUUGAUAUGUGUUUUUUUUUAUCGAACAGUUGAUAUAUGUUCAUGCAAUAAAGAUGGAGCUGGGAAUAAUAAGAGCCAAUAAGAAUCCAAAGGGAAGUGGACUCACCACUAUAAAUACUUGUUCAGACCUCCCUCUUUUCUUUCACAUUCAUCCCUCUUUCCUUUUAGUUACCUCUUUUAAUUCAAACAAGAAAUCACUCUCUCUCUCUCUCUCUCCAAAUUUCCAUUGAUCAAAACCAACCAACGAGAAAAACCGAAAGAUCUCAGGAACAAUCAUAAACUCUCUCAUUUUGGAUCCUCUGUUUUUCUCAAGAACGCAAAAAAAUGUCAGUUGUUAUUUGUCAAGCGCAAGAAAAAACCGUCACCAAAAAUGAAAGAAACGAAAGUUUCACCCAAAAAGGCAAAAUGGGUGGGUUGAGUUUCCUGCAAUCUAUGCCCGAUAUCACUGCCAUUGUCCGAAACGUAGAGGACAAAGCUUAUGUUCACCCGGUCGAGAAACGCUCUGUUUCUAAGCUGAGUGAGAAAAGCUUAGAGAUGUGCACUGAGAGCCUCGGGUCCGAAACUGGAAGCGAGAGUGGUGACGAGUUGUUGUUGCUUGCGUUUCAAGCAACCACUACUCCUAGGGUUCCUUCUCCUCCUCAAGAAGAAGAAAAAGACACUGCCAAGAAAUCAACGAUCAAAAGUUUCCCGCCACCGAUAAACUUUGUUAACGGUUCAAAGUAUAAUCGUGUGGUGAGAUCACUAGGAGAAGAUGGUCGUGUUGUCGUUCAAGCAAUUAUGGUUUCGUCUCAGCCUCCUAACUUUGUUGCGGAACGUGGUGAAGGAAGGCUCCGUCUCUGUUUAUCACCGGAAAGUUCUUUACUUGGGCACACUCACGAGGAAGAAGGAGAAGAAGAUGAAACUGAAGAGGGCAUGGAGGAGGAAACUAGUGAGAACUUAGAGGGUAAAAAUGGAAAUAAAAAGUUUAGCAGAUUAAGCAGCAGAUGCAAGGAGAAUGGUCGUGAGCCUAAGCCAAUGCUUACUACUUGGAAGCAGCAGCAGUUUUGGGUCGCUACUUAAGACUUUAUUCGACUCCUAUCUCUUAAUAAAAUAAUUUAAAAUAUGGGUUUCUUGAUUUUAGUUUUAUAUAUAAUCUUUGCUUUCUUGUAUGAGAUUUCUCUAGGUACUGCGAGUGUUUUUUAGUUCUAUUUAAUGUAAUGUUAAAUGAGAAUUAUUAUUAUUAUUGUUGAUUUUUUU